CUGAAUCUGGUCAACAUGCUGCUGAAGGGCUGCUGCAUCAUCUGGACUCUGCUGUGGGGCAUCGCUGCUGCUGCAGGUCGUGACCCCUGCCUAAUCAACCCAUGUCAUAAUAAUGGGACAUGCAUUAAUCUGGGAAAUAGCCAAAAAUGUCAGUGUCUCGAUGGGUUUGAAGGACGAUACUGUCAGACAGUCUUUGAAGAUACCCUGAAUUGCCUUUACCUAAAUGGGCACUGUGAGCAGUUCUGUGAUGGUUCAGGAUCUAGACGUCGAUGUUACUGUGCUGAUGGAUACGUGCUGGGAGACGAUGGACGACAGUGUGUCCCCAACGUGGAGUAUCCAUGUGGUCGGGUGGCACAAAUGGGACAAAACCAGACUGCAGUGAUUACUCCAAGGAUGGUGGGGACUUACCACUGUCCCAAAGGACAUUGUCCGUGGCAGGCUCUUCUGACUGAAAAUCACAUGUUCUCCUGCGGUGCCAUCAUCUUGUCAGAUCGAUGGAUUUUAACUGCAGCUCACUGUGUUUAUCAAAAACCUAGCACCAUGCUCCACAUCACUGUUGGUGAGCAUGACAUAAGGGAAGAUGAAAAAACAGAACAGCGGCGGCGGGUGCUCAAAGUUGUGUGCCAUGAAGACUACAACGUGACUAGCUCUGACAGCGACCUGGCUUUGUUGAAGCUUCACCGCCCAGUAAAACUGGGCCGCCAUGUUGUGCCCAUCUGCCUUCCUGCCCGCAACAGCACCUUCACCCAGACACUGGAAACCGUCCGCAACUCAACUGUGUCUGGUUGGGGUCGUCUGGCACAGUUUGGCUCCACCUCAAGAUACCUGCAGCGUCUGCAGCUGCCGAGGGUCCCGGUGCAGGAGUGCCGCCUCCACUCCGGGCUCAACAUCACCAAGAACAUGAUUUGUGCUGGCUUCAAGCGUGGUGGCCCAGAUGCUUGCGGGGGUAACGGCGGGGGCCCACUGGUGACACAAUACAAGAAAACCUGGUUCCUUACAGGUGUGGUGAGCUGGGGGAAAGGGUGUGGCCAAGAAAACAUGUACGGCGUCUACACGAAGGUCACCAACUUCCUGGACUGGAUUGAGAAUGUCAUGGCAACUGGCUGAAAUGUGUUUUAGUCACUGUGUCAAAGCAGUUCAAGAGUUAAACAGAGUAAGAAUCCAGUAUUAGAAACAUUAGUUCAGUAAUUAUUGUCAAGGAGACACAAAUGUAUAAAAAUAAUAUUCAUUUUCUGAUGCUGUGCUCAAAUAGCUUUAACUUCCACACCUUCAUGUGCCUAAAAAAAUGCCAGAGAUUUAGUUUCAGAAGCUUUGUGAACAAAAAAAGAAUUUUUGACUGUCAGCUGGAGGAACUUCAUCACAAUAAAGUUGGUCCUGAACAAAAUCCAAAGUUUUGCAAAAGUCAGCAAAUUAAAAAAUU